GUUGUGUUGCUAUCUGAAAACAAUAUUUUUUAUUAUAAAGCUAAAACACUAAGAUAUGAAACAGUUUAUAAUUAAAUAUUAGUCAAACAAAAAUAAUUAUAUAAAGAUAUUUUCUGAACUAUUUCUAAUAUAUAAGUGUUUUAAAACUUUUAACACAAUAAUAAGUACAUAGUUUGAUGAACGUUUUUUAACAUAUAUAAAUAAUUUGAUGUUUGAUUUAACUAUUUAAAAUCAUAAAUAAUAACUUAACUUGUGACUGAGUUCAAAACAAAUUUUCUUGCUUUUACUUUAAACGAGUUUACGUUUAAUCCGUGAAACACUAUAGCUUCAGUUGGUGACCACUAGAAGAAUGAAAAAAGAUGAUCAAAAUAAAAAAUAAAAUUUCAUUUGUGGAACUGAAAAGAAUAAAAAAAAAAAGAAUUUUUGUUCAAUUUGUUCCUUAUCAAAAUUGCAUAGGAAAAAAAUUUCUUAUAAAUUCAUUCCUCCAUGGAGAAUUAAGAAGAAAAAAGUGGGAUCUACCUUUCAAUAAUUUGACUAAAAUUUCGACAUAACUGAUAUAAAUUUUGAGGAACAAAGAAUUCACCAUAAAAUUUUUCUUUCAAUAUGUUCACCAAUUAGAGUUUUAUAAUGCUGAUUUUUGGAUUAAUAAGACAUAAAAUAAUAAGUAAUCGUAAGAUGAUUAUGCCCGCAUGUGCGGGCAAAACACCUAGUUUAUAAUGUUAGUCAAGUUUCUAAACAAUACUAAGACAUAUUUCGUUUUAAUAAUAUAGAUACAAGACUCCCAAUAACCAUUGUACUAAGAAACACAAACUUGCAAGUUCUUAGUAGUGAAUUUCUAACGUAAGCUAUAACACAAUAUGUAAAAAGACUAAAUUAUUUGUACGAGCAGAUUAGCUAAGCUAAGAGAAGGUUCAUCAUCAAACGCCUUAAGCUAAAACAUUAUACAUACCUAUGUUUUCAAAGCUUGUUGAUAAACUUUAAACUUGGAGAAGGUUAAAACUAGUAUGAAUAUACUUGUUUUUAUAUGAAUAAAACUUAUAACUACCAAACCCGUAUUUAUAUAUUCCUUAAUUAAAAACUUGAUUUGCUUUCCACUCUAGGAAGUUUUCUUAAACUAAAAAAAAGUUAAGUCACUGCUCGAAUCAACAAUAGAAAACCCACAAAGAGCGUAUUUGUUCUCCAUUGAUUCAGAUACGAAACCCUAGGAUAGGAAACUCGAUCUGCUAAAAACAGUUCAUGAGGUUUAGGGUUCAACUUAUAAGGCCCAACAAGAAGAGCAACUCCGGCUAAUAUAUAUCCAAAUAUUACUUCAUAUACAAACAAAAAAACAAGCUGAAAUUUAUCACUAAACAAGAAUAGAGAAACUCUUUAGAAUUCUUUGCACAAAGCGUUUAUACUUCUUCUAUAAUUCUUCUUUAGCUUUGUGAAAUCAUCACUAUGUUUAGACCAUGUAAUAAAUUGAUCCAAGAUUCCAUUACUCUUUGUAAUAUUACUCCUUAAGUUUUAUAUAUUAAAUUAAAAUUUAUUUCACAAUAAGUGUUAUUUUACAUUUUCGAUACAUAUAUUAAAUAAAUUUUUGAUUUUAAUCUUAUUUGUAGUUCAAUAGUUAAUAAAUUAAAACAAAAAAAUAUAAGUAAUGAAGAUAAACCAAAAAAUCACUAAUGUUUUUAAUUUGUGUGCAAAAACACAUCAAACAGAAUGAAUAUUUAAUUAACAAUAAAUGCUUGAAACAUAUAAGUGCAUAUAAAAAUGUUACCCCUAUAGCUAACUGAAGUGACAAAAAAUUAUCUUGUUGCAAACAACUAAAAAACGUUAUUUUUUAGUUAAUGCAAAUCACCAGCUAUAACAUUCAAAGCGAGUCGAUUACUAUAUAUACACCCGUAUAGAUCAUGGGAAUGAAAGAAGAAAAAAUAAAUCAAAUAAGAAAGUUAAAAAUUAAUCAUAGAUGAUGGAGAUCAAGAUAAUUUUCAUGGCAUUUUUCCUUAUUGCUACUUUAGUAUCAUAUGCACAUCCAAGUUUGGGUCAAAAAGAUGUUGACGAUGAACCACUAGUCAAUUCCGGUCGCGAGUUUGAUACAUUGGAUACGAUAUCACCGGCUUCCGAAGAUUAUAAUAGUUAUAUGCUCAAGAACCUGUCACCAAAAUAUGUAACAUAUCUCAAAACAUAUCUGGACAAGGUGGGGAUGGGGCCCAAUGGUGGUGCGAAAUGUUAUGAUGAUGUUCUUGAAGAAAUUCUUACGAACAAACCCGUUUCCAGAAAAUGUUGUCUGACGGUAGUAAAAGCCGGUAAAAAAUGCUACAUGGAAACUGUAAAGCUUGUGUUUCGAUUGUAUCAACUCAAACGUUUUGCUUCUCAAGUUUCUUUCAAAACCAAUAAAGUCUGGAAUAGAUGUUCUGCUAACGUUGAAAGUCCUUCAUCAUCUCAUGAUGAUGAAAAUGAGUUAUCUUAAUUGAACUUUUGUUAUAUUGUGUGAUAUAUUAUAAAAUAAUGGUUUGUUAUAUAUUCUAUCUAUAUAAAAUGAAAUCAAAGUUUCAUCAUAAUAUGUGUUCUCCUAAUUUUAAUCAUGGGUUGCUCUACCAGGUGUUUGUUUAGUACAGUUUUUAGUUUAUCAAAUAUAAGAUCUGAUUGCACAUGGAUCUUGUUAAAAAUAUGUGUAUAUUUUGUCAUCAAAAUGACAAAUAAAAAACCUACUUUUUCUCCCGAAGUGUCCCCAGCUGCCAAAACCUUUGUCUUUAUAGCAUCUCCAAAAGACACUCUAUAACUUCAAAUAUGAAGUUUUUUGCUCUCCAAAAAUGAACUUCAAAACUUCAAAUUUGAAUUUGAAGUUUUGAGGAAUGAAACUCUAUAUAUGAAGUUUCACUUCUCAAAUCUUCAAAUUUGAAGUUUUAUAUUUUUAUUUGUAUUUUAGUCCCUGCAAUAACACAUCACAAUUAUAAUUUAUAAAUAUUUUCUUGUUUAUUAUUUUAAUCCUUAUAAAAAUUAUAUCUCAUAAAUAUUUUAAGUUUUAUUUAAAAAAUUUAAGUUUACACAUAAAAUUAAAUAAAACUUUAAAAGAAGAUUUAAAAUAUUUAAAAAUAGAUUUAGAUAAAAAAAUAUACAAAAGAAACUUAACAAAAAUCUUUAAAUAUAUUACAUGAAGACAUAACUAUUACACAAAUUUAAAUAUUACAACAACACUAAUAGUUAGGUAAAUUUGAUCCGGACCUUUCAAAAUUUUCAAAUAUUGUCCAAUUUUUGUUGUGUAAUUGAAGAUGGUUGUUG